UCACACAGCUACACAUCCUUGCUUUUUACCGUUGUCAGAUUUUCCAAGUCGUUUAGUCUAUUUUCAAUUUUUUAAUUUUUUAUUCAUGAAUAUCAGGACGAGUAGAAACACAGUGAAUUAUGCAAGAAAAUAUUUUUACUCGGAUGAUUUAAAAAGUGUCGUGUUCAUCGAAGCAUUUCUAAAUACGUGAAAGUUCAUGAGAUUUUCGAGCCUCUGUCUUAUGAAAAACAGCUCAAGGACUGCAUUUAUCAGUUGGUAAAUGCAGCGAUAAAAAAAUUGUUUAACACUCCGCCUGAGAGUGUUGUUCAAAAUGAUGGAGGAUUACAAAUUUUUGUUCAAAGUUGUCCUAGUUGGCAACGCCGGUGUUGGGAAAACAUGUCUCGUUCGAAGAUUCACUCAAGGUUUAUUCCCACCGGGGCAAGGAGCAACAAUCGGUGUAGAUUUUAUGAUAAAGACUGUGGGAGUAGAGAAUGAAAAAGUCAAGCUUCAAAUUUGGGAUACAGCCGGACAAGAGAGAUUCCGUUCAAUUACUCAGAGCUAUUACAGAUCAGCUCAUGCUCUGAUUUUAGUAUAUGAUAUUUCUUGUCAACCAACCUUCGACUGUUUGCCUGAUUGGCUUAGAGAAAUCGAAGAGUACGCGAGUAAUAAAGUACUCAGGAUAUUAGUUGGAAAUAAAAUCGAUCGAGAGGAUAGAGAAAUACCGACACAUGUUGGGGAAGAUUUUGCUCAACGUCACGGUAUGUACUUCCUUGAAACUUCUGCAAAAGAAGCCGAAAAUGUAGAAAGGUUGUUUAUGGAAAUCGCAGCCGAGCUUAUGGAGCAAGCGCGUUGCAAGGAGUUGCCAAGAUACGAAACAAAUGCAACUUCCAUCAAUGGAAAAACAACGGCAAUAGGGGAUACUUCCAACUGCGGAUGUAGCCGCCUCUCUUAAAUAAUAACAAUUUAUAAUACUCUAAAAUGUCUGAGAAAAAUCCGCAAACCCUAUCAAUUAACGAUGAGAUUUGUCGGAGGUUUGAAGUUUUCUGUAUUAUUUAAAUCAGGAGAUGGUGUUUAGUUAAGAUGAUUCUAUUUCGUGGAGGUUUUAUUCACCAAAGUGCUUUACUUAAAUUCUGAACACAACCACAAAACUAUUUUCUACCUGCGCAUCACUUGUAAUUUUCUGAUUCGCCUGGGACGGCAUUUAGAGGAAUUGAGGCUUACGCAUGUAUAUUUUAAUCCAAUUUCCGUAACUAAAGUAUUAUUAUUAUUAUUAUGGU